AUGCGUCUUAACGCCGGCUUCUGGCUCUUAUGGCUGUCGCUCCUCACUUUCUGUUACUUCAACUCGUACGACGAUCCGUCCUCCAUCUUCUACGACCAGAGCAGGGCCUACGAGCAAAAAUACUCGCUUCAGCGAGCCGCCGAGGCCAAGGCCUAUUUGCAGCAUCUUCCGCCUAAGAUCGACCAGGCAGAGCCACAUGGCAGGCUUCUCUGCAUCGGCAUUCCGAGCAUCAAUCGCACCUCCGAGUCCUUCCUCGCCUUCACCGUCGCCACCCUCGUCGAUACCUUGACGCCCGAGGAUCGCGCAUCCAUCCAUCUCGUCGUCCUUCUCGCCGACAGGGCCCCCGAGAAUCACUUCGCUUACAGCCAGCCCUGGCUGGCUAACAUCGCCGACGAGGUCCUUCUUUACGGCGACGGUCCGUCAAGCACUAACGAAAGCGUGUAUCGGACCGUUCCAUAUAACCACUCGGUCCUCGUCGAGACAUGUCGGCACUACGGCUCUCCCUAUUUCGCACUAGUCGAGGAUGAUAUCAUAGCCUCGCCUCGCUGGUUCGCACAACUCAAGAAGAGUCUACAGUACGUCGAGACUCAGUCUAAAAAGACUAGCAAGGACUGGGUAUAUCUACGUCUCUUCUACUCGGAAAUCUUUAUGGGCUGGAACAACGAAGAAUGGCUAUCGUACUUCCAGAAUAUUAUUCUGGCCUACAUAGUUGUUCUUCUCGCCUUUCUGGUUAGGAUACUAUUGAGGAGACGGCUCAAGUAUGUGCCCGUUAUGGGGUCGGCCCGCUCUUGUGCCCUACUUAUGGCGCUCGUUCUGGGCCUCUGGCUUCCUGCCCUAAUCGCCCUCUAUUUCAUAGCCGGGCGAAUAUCCGGGCUGGUCUUUCCGCAGCAACAUCUCGAGGGAUUUCAAGCGUUGCUGAGGAACCCUCCGUAUGCCUUUGCCGGGGACCAGAUCCUCGAGGACUACGCUAGGGAUCAUUCCCUGGCUAAGUGGGCCCUAGAACCGAGCGUUUUCCAGCACGUAGGCCUAAAGCAGUCGUCAGCAGGAGAUCAGAGAGCCGAGGUAUGGAAUUUCAGCUUUGAGAGGCAGCAUGGGAAAGGGGAAGCAUAG